AAGAAGAAUAAAGAGAGAAAAAGAAGAAGUGACAAAGAUCAAAGUGAUGAGACAGAGGACGACGUUGAAAAAGAAAGCGACAGUGAGACUGAAGACAAAGCAUGAGCGAUGACGAUAGAAAUACAGAUGAUGCAAUUGCGAUAAGUAAUACAGAAGAAGACAAAGAUAGCGAAGACGAUGGUCAGGAAGAGAAUGAUACAACGAAUAAUGAUGGCAAACAAGAAAGAAAGCACAGAACAAAGCAAAGAAAUUCCAGCAAAUAUGGCGAUUCAGAAAAUCACAACGACGAAAAAAAAGAAAUGGAAUGGGAUAAGAAUUCCACAAGUGAUGAUGAUGGAGAUGAUGGCGAAGAAAGUUUGAAUGAUGAAGACGAAGAUGAGAAAAAAAAAUAUCGAAACGGCGAUCAAAAAAGCGAGAAAAAAUCAAGCGAUGACUUGUACUUCACCAACAUUGGAAGUAAAAAAGAUGAUGUUUACAAAGAAGCGAAUUGCCGUACGGAAUGUGCAACACCAAUGGAUUACGCGACAUGCGCCGUACCGCGAUGCGACUACAAAGUCGGCACGAUCAAAGACUUGUGUAAGUACUUAUGUCGUCAUCAAAAAGAAAGCUGCGAGGAGGUUUGCGAUUAAAAAAUGAAAUGUAUGACGUUGCUAUAGCUGCUAUACGAACUGUAGCACUGUAAUUUUUCUAAAAGCGAGGUAAUUAAGAACUCGUAUGACAAAAUAAAUAACCGAGCUAUGUCAAACAAAUGAAAUAAUGAGUAAAGCAAUAAAACUUCAAGCUUA